GAGGCGCACGCGGCGGCGGUGGCCGGCGGCGGUACGCUACGCGCCGGGACGGGAGGGGGCGGCGGCUCUGAGGGCCGGGGCUACACUGAAGCAUCUGUUGCUUUGCAGGCAGCGAUGCUGUCUGUGUCGCCGGUAAAGCCUGAAUAAAACCACUCGACUUACGCUGUUUCUGGCAGCAUUAGGAACAGCAUUUGAGAUGACUUCAGUGGAGAAGAUUGAGGAGCAGCUCGCUAGUCUGCGCAUAGCAAAACGUUCUACGCUAAGUGAGAAACCCGCAUACUUACUGGAUAUAGACGUUUCCAAACCUGCUCAAUCCGAAAGCAGUCGCUUUGUGGCAGUUUCAUGUUCUAAUAAGUCAAUUAGGGUAUAUAACCGGGAAACAUUAAACUUCCUGCGGGAGUACAGUAGCCGUCCUGGGAUACUUAACGGCGUCAGGUUUGCACACACGUGUGACAGCAUAGUGUUUUCAGCAUGCAGCGAUGGUACAGUGAAAUGUUGGGAUAUUCGUUUAGCAACUGAGAAAGCUGUGCAGAUAUUCAGGGGUUAUCCUUCCAACGUUUUCAUCAGUUUUGAUAUCAACUGCAGUGAUCUCAUACUUUGUGCUGGAACAGAAGAAGUUGAAAAAGACACGUUCCUGGUGUUUUGGGAUGCGAGAGGUAUCACAGACUGCGCCGGCACACCUAAAGAACCCUUGGGAGUCUAUUCUGAAAGUCACAAUGAUGAUAUCACUACAAUUUGUUUUCAUCCUAUCAAACCCAAUUUGGUAGUUUCUGGGUCCACUGAUGGGUUGGUUAAUGUGUUCGACAUUAACAAGGAUAACGAAGUGGACGCUUUGGUAUCAACUUGCAAUUCAGAUUCAUCAGUAAGUGUUAUUGGCUGGUCUGGAAAAGAUUAUAAACAGGUCUACUGCACGACCCAUGAUGAGGGAUUUUGUUGGUGGGACACCGCUCAGUUAGAUACUGAAGAACCAAUAACACUGCUGCACGUUCCGGAUGUCAGAGACGUGGUCUGCGCUGAAAAUGACAGCUUAAGCUAUCUGGUAGGUGGCUUGUACCACGAAAAGGCAGACAAACUCUUUCUUAUUGGGGGAACGUCCACAGGAAACAUUCACCUGGUCGGCUGCGGCACCGAUGGCCUGAGCCUGGUGGGUGCCCUCUGCGGAGGGCACUCUGCCACCGUUCGCUCCUUCUGCUGGGACCUGACAGAUGAGUCUCUGUUGACGGGUGGAGAGGAUGCUCAGCUGUUGCUAUGGAAACCCGGAGCUGUGGAAAGGUCCCUCGCAAAGAAAGUGUCUCUGAAGAUCGCCUCUUCUGUGCAGAAGAGGGUGAGAGUUCACAACAGCUCCCUCAAAAGCAGGAAAAAGUAAAAUUCUGGAAGGGGGAAUCUCUGCUGUGUACAGUUUCCCUCGUGUCUGAUCUCUCAGGCAAUACUUGGCUGUGCUUUCUUUGGAGGUAUUCUGUGGAGAGAACCGGUGCUUGGAUUCUACCUGGGAACUAUUUCAGUCAUCAGAAGAAUGCCUUUUUUGUUUUUUUUGCUUUGGUUUGGUUUUUAAGUUCCUAAUAUUAAUCAGCAAAGAGUAACUGUUUGCUCUUGAGUUCUUGAACAAUAGAUCUUAAAUCAUAUCUCAUAAAAAUGUUUCUGUGGUUGUUUAAUGUCUCAGCCAACGUUUUUAAUGUGUAAUAUAGGCCCGUGGCUUGCAUAAUUUGUUACCUUCCCACUGAAAUGCCCUGGCAUGUUUUAAAAGCUUUUGUAUCUCCUGCUGUAUUUUGCUCUCUUUACAGAGAACUUAAUGAAAUUGUCCAAUAUAUUAAAAGAUUUUAUGUCAC